AUGAGUACACUCGCCUUACAACAAUACGACUCCAAUUUGGCUAUGGGUUCGCGAUCAUCUUUUUCAUGGCCAGUCUUGGACUCAGGAUCCGGUCUUAUGAGCCCUGAACUCGGCUCUUACGGUUCAGAUAGCAGCUUCACAGGGUCGAGGUCCGGAACGGCGAGCCCACCCAGAACAUCACUUAGUGCGGAGCAACGCGAGCUCAAGAGACAACGAGACCAAGCCCGGCGUAAUUCGAAAAUGCAUGUCAGGGGCGGCCGGGCAGGAAGCAGCUCCUCAUCUGGUGUCUAUUCACCACCUCCUUCGUUGGCAGUCAUGUCAUCAGGCGCUCCUAGCAUGCCUGUCUACACAAGCGCUGGCCCUGUCUCGUUGCUAACUGAACCUCACGCCACCCAUUACCAUGCACAAUUUUCGCCACCUCUUUCAGACCACCAUCACAACCACCACAGUCAGUCCAGCAUGUAUCAUAACCCAUAUCCCACACCAACGUACAUCAACGAUUAUGGCUAUCCUGCAUCGGCCACUUCAAGCUUGCCCUCACACUACGGUCGCCCAAUGUCUGACCCAAGUCUCAUGUACUCAAUUUCACCUCCAGCGAUGGGAGGUAGCCCUCAGGAUACCGCCGGGCAAGUCAGAGUCGUACAACCCAGGCCGAAGCCACAAUGCUGGGAACAUGGAUGCAACGGCCGUCAAUUCUCGACCUUCAGCAACCUUCUACGUCAUCAGAGAGAGAAGUCGGGCCAAGCGACAAAGGCAACAUGUCCGAACUGCCACGCCGAGUUUACAAGGACUACUGCACGAAAUGGGCAUCUAUUGCAUGACAAGUGCAAGCAGAAACGGAUCGACAGUUAA